UUAUUAUGAUUAAUUAAACACAUUUUAAAUAUUCAAUUAAGGAAAAGGAUGUCUCAUUUUAUUAAUUAUAAAAGCUUUUUAAAACGCUGAGGUCCUUAAACUGAACUAUUAGAAACGAUUUUUUUUAAACAUUUUGUUGAUAGAAUGGACAAUCAAAUUCAAGAUCAAAACGAUUUAUCGUCAUUUGUUGUAAAUUACAGAAGCCCAGCAUACUCUAGGGAUGAAGUAAAAGCUUUAGUUAAUUUAGUUGCAAAAUACAAACACAUAAUAUUAAACAAGUGCACAAAUUCUGCAACAAAUCACGCCAAAGAUUUCGCUUGGGCUGAAAUAUCGAAGGACAUAAACAAAAGAGGAUUCAAACACACAAGAAAUGUGGAUAGCUUAAAAACAAAAUGGGAAAAUCUCAAAAAGGAAGCGAGAAAGGCCUCAAAAAAUUUAAUAUAUUUAAAAAAGUCAGAUGAUAAUGAUGUUCUAUACCAAAUAAUUGAAAUGGUUAGUGAAAAUGCAAAUAUUAACGAAUUGCGUCAAUCUUUGUUGGAAGAUAUAAAUGAUUUACAAGAAUAUGAAGAAAAUAUUUCAUCAAAACCGUGGGAUGAUAAUGAUGGUAAACAGUCUGACUGUAGUGAAGGAGAUGAAAACUUUUUAGCGUACAACAGAUCAUUAAAUUUUUCCCCAGAAGAAUGUAGUCUGCUAUUGAAAUGUAUAAAAGAUGAAAAGAAAAAUAUUCUGUGCAGAAAAACUACAAAUAGCGCCAUUAAGAUAAAAAACAAUGCUUGGACUAGGAUAACAUACAAUUUCAACAAAAGGAGUCCAACAAAAAGGACCACAAAAAUGCUUCGUACAAAAUUUGGCAAUUUGAAAAGAGCGGCAAAACAGGUUAAUUUUAAAAACUUUGUUAUCAAGAGACAAAACGAAAAAUUAAGGGACGAAGAAGAAGAUGAAAAUAGGAAAAUCAAAUCUGAACUACACUUAAAGUACAGAGGCAAUCUAGAAUCGGAUAAUGAGGAAGAUGAAAAUGAUGUAGACAUGAAUGAAAUUACAAAUGAGCAUUGUGAAGAAAUGUCAGAUCCCCUUCUGACAGUUCUAAAAGGAGACUCAGGAAUAGAUUCAUUGAGCCAAUAUGGUUGCUGUAGAUCAUCUGAAAAUAAUGAAGUUAUGAAAUUGAAGCUAGAACUUCUUAAGUACAAAUUAGAAACUGCUAAAUUAGAGAGACAAAGGGUAGUUGAGGCGGCACAGGCGGAGUCCUCAGAGCGUGAGUCGCGCGCCAUAGAGGCGUCACUGCGGCUGCGAGCAGCGCGCCUCGCUCUCGUGAGCGCAGAGCAGCGACUGAACCCGGAGCACCCCGCGCUGCGGUACAGCGAGCGAGAGGCGCGUGCCCAGAAGUAUAUGCAACAGUUCCACGAUUAAAAUUAUAAUUUUUUUUUAUUA